GGCCAAUGUGGCCAUAUCCGUAUACAACAGUCGAUGAACAUAAUCCCACCUGUUCACCACCCUCACCUUUCUUCUUCCCAGACGCAAAGUCCUCGACAAACUCGAACCGUCACAGACAACACAAACACAGAAGUAUCCCAUCAAAAUUCACGAAAAAAUAAACAUCGCAUAAACACUUAUUUACGUCGUCAUGUUGACACCCAAAAAGCCGCCGGAAUCUGAGCGCCCUCCGUCGGCGAUCUUACACCAACCAGCUUCCCCACGCUUCCCAACCGGGACCCCAAUCUCCGGUGCCCAGAGAAAAAUCGCAAUCGCUGUCGAUCUAAGCGACGAGAGCGCCUACGCCGUCAAAUGGGCCGUCCAAAACUACCUACGUCCCGGCGAUGCCGUAAUCCUCCUCCACGUCCGCCCCACCUCCGUCCUCUACGGCGCCGAUUGGGGCGCCGUAGACGUCCCCGUCGACACCACAAACGAAGAGUCUCAGCAGAGAUUGGAGGACGAUUUCGAUAAUUUCACGACUACGAAGGCGAACGAUUUGUCUCAGCCGUUGGUUGAAGCUCUAUUUCCGUUCAAGAUUCAUAUUGUGAAGGAUCACGAUAUGAAGGAGAGGCUGUGUUUGGAGGUGGAGAGGUUGGGGCUCAGUGCGGUGAUAAUGGGUAGCCGAGGAUUUGGGGCGUCGAGGAGGAAUGCGAAGGGAAGGCUUGGGAGUGUGAGUGAUUACUGUGUGCGUCACUGUGUUUGUCCUGUGGUGGUUGUUAGGUAUCCUGAUGAGAAGGAUGGUGGUGGUGACGUUUCUGGUGAUGUGGGAGAGGAGGGGGAGGGGUUGCUUCCGGUGCCGGAGGAGGAGCCGGUGUAUCAUGAUGCGUCGGACAAAAGUGCAGGUUAGAUUAGAAAAUUGAUAUGGAGAAGGCUUCUUGAGCGACUGGAAGUUGCUGAUGCUGAGAUGUCUGAGUCAGAUGAUCUCGGUGGGUGUGGUUUAUGCCAUGUUUGAAAAUGAAGUGCUUCUCUUCAGCGUAAUCAUGUCAGCUGUGUUUCAAAUCCAUAAACCUUGGAAUAAUCAUCGUCGAUCAGCCUUUUGAGAUUGUUUUAGGUUUUUGAAUGGUUUCUGUGUGGCAUAACUUGCUGUGUAAAACUGUCUUGUAACCCAUCCUGUCCUUGGAAGUUUGAUUACAUUCAAGAAGAGAGUCAAUAAAGCUUGCUUUGUUUCAUUAUGAAGAAUAGCAGCUCCUGUUACUUUCUCAUUGUGCUGAAAUAUGUGAAUGUGUG